CAAUAAAUCACAAAAUGCAAAUUAUGGUUUCAAGAAUAAAGAAACUAAUAGCAUUAAUAAUGGUGAAGAUUCUUUGAUGAAUCAAAUGUUGGAUUAUGAAAUUCAAUCUGAUAACGAUCUUGAUAAUACUGAAGAUAAGAAAAAUGAAAUUGAUUAUUAUGAGAAAGAAUCUUUAGAGUAUAAUGAUUCUUGGGAUUAG